UACCAGACCCGAGCUGUAGGAUUCUGCUCAUCCAUUGGAAGCCUUAGAAGCCUUGGCCUUUGAGGCGAGGCCGAAACUCCAAACCCACGUUGUGCACGCCGCACGCCUUACGCCUUGUCCGGCGGGGUUUGUCUCAUAAGACAAUUUUGACCGCCGCUCAUGUCAUCCGAGCAAGACAUCAAUCAGGUCCCUAUCCAGGACCUGACCCCUGAACAAGCCAGUCAUAUCAUCCAUUCCCAUCGUAAAGUGCGAUAUGGUACGGCAUGCUGGCCAUGCAGGCAACGGAAGGUGAAAUGCGACAAUAAGCAACCAUGUGAAAACUGUGUCAAGAGGGAGCAUCCACAGUUGUGUUCUUAUAAGCCCAAUCGCUCGAGUGCCUCCAAACAGGCUUCGGUGUCUGCUGAGGGUAGCCAGGGGAAGAAAAGGCCCCAUUCUCCCGAUGGUAGUAUCAGCAACGACCAGGGCAGUGAUCAUCAGCCCGAGGGGUGGUCUCAAGCAAUAGACGAACCAGACGCUGGAGAAACCGUGCGUUAUGUUGGACAGAACAGUAUUCCCGCGCUAUUACGAGAUCAGCCAUCCCCAAUAGAGACUAAGGAUGGAGUUGACAUACGCCGUGAUAUGCGCCCGAUCCUCGGGCUUGACAAUUCUGCCCCCUUCCCGUUGAUGUCGUCGAAACAUCUCGACCGAUUAACGCAAGACAUCUUCUCCGAACUUCCCUCAGAUCGUGAGGUGAUGAUCUUAUUUCGGGCUUAUAAAGAAAUUACACAUCCAUUUUGGGGAUUUGUUGUUGAUAUUGAUGACCUAGAAUCUCGCAUUAUGAUCUAUCUCGAGGAGCGGGCCAAAAAUGCUCGGGAAAAUAGCAAAUCAAACCGGCGCGUCUCUGCCUCGUGGCUAGCCAUCCUCUUCUCCGUUAUGGCCGUUGGUUCUCAGUAUCGUGACUCGCCUUAUCAUAUUCGGACGCGGGAUGCGCAGAGAUAUGUUCAAAUAUCAUUUCACUUUCUCAGGCUAGGAAAUUUCUUACUACGGCCGAAUUUAGAUUCAAUUCAAGCUCUCCUUUUGACAGGAUUCUGUCUUUUAAAUGAUAUGAAGGCUGAAGCAUCCUGGGCUUUGAUUGGUAUGACUUGCCGAUUAGCGCAGUCGCUUGGUCUUCACAGGGCUGUAACACAAGAUGAAGCCGGCUCGACUGAGAUGUCGGUGAAAACAUAUGUGCGCAGGAAGUUAUGGUGGACUUGCUUAUGGCAUGAUACAUUGACAUCGCUGUCUUUUGAUCGUCCUAAUAUGACCAAUAUCCAAUGCUGCCCGAUUCCAUUAUCACCAAGCUCCUCUGUGGAGGGCUUUUCGUAUCUGGAGGCGAUGUACCAUCUUUGCGAAACAAUUUCGCAGAAGCUUAAUCCUGACGCGUCUGACGAUUAUUCGUAUGAAACGAUCCUCGAGAAUUGUCGGGCCGUCGAGUCUAUUCGCGAGCGAGUUUACCCGCAAUUACGCAGUAAGGAAGCCUGCAAGAGCGUAGUGGACAAGCUACAGCACUAUGCUAUACGUUUACAUACUGCCUUCGUGGUUUCUGUAUGCUGUCGACCGGCUCUUCGUCGAGAUUGCGCUAGGCUAGCAGCUGCUGAAAAGAAGGCAUUGGCCGAUAAAUGCAAAGACAACCUAACCGAGACAGUGCGGAUGUUUUUGUCAAUGCACCAAUUGUCAUUUAUACCUACUCGAAGUUGGGCUUUCACCUACCACGGGCUUUCUUCUGCUGUACUCCUUGGUAUAUUGUGCGAGACAAAGCUAGACCCAGAGGUCCGGCAGCUUCAAGGAGAUCUCAUUUCAGCUCUUUCGGCUGCAGCCGCCAAGGAGCAAACAAGUCCUACUCCCGAUCACAUUCGUAAGAUUGAUAGAGAUAUUGAAUUGUCUGGCCCCCUCUCCCGAGCAUUGACCGCAUUGAAGAAUAUAUAUGAUUAUGGAUCUUUACAUGGAGCAUCCGGAAUCAAAAGCGAGAGCGCGUCCGGUACUCGUACACCGACUGGAAUUACCGUCCCCCAGACUCUUCAAAAUAUCAACCCCCAAUUCCGCCUACAGCCGGGUUACGACAGGCAUCAAGAUGCUGCUCUUGCCAUGGCAGAGCUUCAAAAUGGAAAUAACCUUCCUGAUUUCACAACAACUAUGCCAUACCAAGCACCAAUCCAGCAGGCAAUAGGGAUACCGGAUCUAAGCCAGCUGGAUCCCACAACUCUAGCUCCCAUGGACCUUUACGAUUCAAUAUUUUGGGCCUUGACAGAGUCACCAGACCCAUUCUACGCGGGAGCUGACAUGAAUUUUGACUUUCUUCCACAGGCACCUCCUGGGCAAUCCCAACAACAAUUCUACUUUUAGAAUUAUAUGAUGGAGCAUAUGUAGGGCCCCCAAUCUUAACCGAACUGGCGAUCUAGGCUCUAUCUUAAUUUUCUGCUAUUAUUUUCAUGACAGUGAUGUUGAUUCUCAAACCCAAAUGUCGGUUUACGAAAAGUUAUUUCCCAGUUGACGAGAUAACAAGGGUGUUGUAUAUUGGAGUUGGUCGAAUGAUCGUCAUGAUUGAGGCUUACUGGUGUCUAUGAAUCUCUUGUAUCUAUACUUUUUACCUUCGCCUUAGAUAUCCAUUGUCGUUAGCAUCAAUUAAUUAAAGUAUAUCCAACCAACAGGCAUGAAUUCAUGGACCUCUUCCUAUUUGUAGUCGUUUCAUAAAUCUACCUAAGUCUAGACAGUCGUAUGAAUUAUCUAGUCUCUUCUAUUCAAUAUAAUUCGUCUAGCAAAACCUUGCAUAUCGCUAUGCACUUCUCUUCUUCUAAUCUCUGCGCCACCAACUGCAGGCUUACGGGCAUUCCGUGAACCGUCUCGGGGUUAUCUAUUUAAACUUAGCAUGCGAGCCGUUAAAUAAG